AUGAUUACUUUAUCAGAUAACAAACAUAUUAUUGAGAUUGAUUCUAAUUCAGUUAAAAAUAGAAUUUAUGAAAAAGGUUCAGAUAUAAAUGAUUCAGAUAUAUAUGAGUCAAAUGAUGAUAAUACAAAAAACAAAGGAGUGUGGUAUAAUGCAAGAACAAAAUGUUGGUUGGCAUGUGUAAAAGGAAGUGGAAGACAUUUGCGAGUAUUUUCUGUAAAAAAACAUGGAUAUAAAAAAGCGAAAAUGUUAGCUGUAGAAUGUAAAAAUGCAGCUUUUUAUAAUGACAAUAAUAGUAAUAAUGAAUAUAUAAAUAAAAAAAAUAAUAUUAUUGUAGAUAUAAAGAAUGAAUCUAACAGUAACAACACUGAUUACUUAAAUGAUAUGAAAGAUUUUGAUUAUAAGAAAAAUAUCAAAACAAAUGAAGAUAAAAUAGAAUCAGAAGAAUCUAUUGAUAGUAAGAAUUCAAUUGAUAUGGAUUAUUCUAACAACCAAAUUAUUGUAAAAAAUGAAAAAUCAAAUCUAAAUACAAAUUUUGAAAAAUCAAAUAAAAAAAGAAGAUAUAAUACGCGAAGAUGUAAUUAUAAUUCUUCGAAUGAAUUAACUAAGGAUAAUAAUAAUAAUCAUCAUCAUUAUCAUAAUAAUAAUAAUUAUAAUAAUAAUAAUAAUCAUAAUAAUAAUCAUAAUAAUAAUAAUUAUAAUAAUAAUAAUAAUUAUAAUAAUAAUAAUAAUUAUAAUAAUAAUAAUCAUAAUAAUUAUAAUAAUCAUAAUAAUUAUAAUAAUCAUAAUAAUUAUAAUAACCAUAAUAAUAAUAAUAAUAAUAGUAAUAAUAAUAAUAAUAGUAAUAGUAAUAAUAAUAGUAAUAAUAAUAAUAAUAAUAAUAGUAAUUAUAGUAAUAAUAAUAGUAAUAAUAAUAAUAAUAAUAAUAAUAGUAAUAAUAAUAGUAAUAAUAAUAAUUAUAAUAAUAAUAAUAUUAAUAAUAAUAAUAAUAAUAAUCAUAAUCAUAAUCAUAAUAAUAACAGUAAUAAUAAUAAUUAUAAUAACUACAAUAAUAAUAGUUUUCAUAAUGAUUACAGUAAUAUAAAAGAAGAAAAUCAAUAUAAUUCCAGAAGUGAUAAUUAUUCUGAAAGAAAUGAGAAAUAUAAGGAAGAAUCAAAUAAUUAUCAAAUAGAUAAUAAAAAAAAGAAAAAAAAAGUGAAAGAUCAAUUUAAUUAUCUUAUAAAAAAUGAUAGUAAUCAUAAUAAUAAUAGCAAUUGCAUAAUAACAGAUAAGGAUUUUCAAAUAGAUUCACCUGAACAAACAAACGAAGAAAAUUUUUUUAUAAAACCACUUGUAUAUGACUAUAAUGAAAAUACAAAACCAAAAAAUAAGUAUAAUGAAAAUGAAUAUAAUGUAAUUUUUACAAACGAUUAUUAUUCUGAUUAUUGUUACCAAAAUAAAGAUGAAUAUAAAUCAAACUUUAUCGAUUUAACUAGAGAAGCAUUAGCUUUGAUUUUACAAGAUUUGAAAAAAAAUGUAGUUCCAAAAGUCCCAGUAGGUAUAGAAAAAAGAGAAAGAUAUGCAAAUUCUUUACGUCUAUGUUUAAGAAAUGCAAAGUUUACAAAACAUUUUAACGAAUUAGAACCAUAUCUAGAAUUAUUUAGUGAAUGCAUUAAAAAUAGUAAACUACCUAGUCACAUGGACUUAAAAGAUCAAUUAUUUUAUUUGGAUAAAUUAUAA